AUUUGAUUUUCAUCUUGACGUCGUCUGCUGAGCACGAUUAAAUACAUAUUUUAUUUUGUUUGUUAUAAACUUGAGAAAAUCAUCGUAGACAAUGAGUUUAUCACAGUGGACGGGUCUCAGGACGUUGCUGACACCUUCGCUGUUAAAUGUACGCAAUGUUCCGGCGGUGAGUGCCGGAAUUCAAGUUCGACACAUCGCUAAACAUUGGCUUCCCCAGUUCAAGAAACUGAGAAGAUUGAAGGUUCAAAAAGUAAAGCUGCCCAAUUUUCGUGAGGAUCAAGAUGCCUCAAAAUUAACACCAGACCAGAUACGGGCAAGAAUGAAGGAACAAGGAAUGCUACCUCCCCGUUCUUGGAUGGAAAGGCCUGUAUUUGUCUCUGCAACAUCAUCUGUGUUUGAAGCAUAUGUUCCUCCAGAGGGUGAUGGAAAGCUAUCAGCCUUGACGCUUGGGGGUGCCAAACAAAGUAUGGAAUUGUUGUCCAAAAAGAGCAAGUCCAUGAUGGCUGUUAGAAAAAUCAAAAGCUUUGAAGAAGACUUUAGCACCAAAUAUUUCCCAGAAGAGGCUCAAGAAAUUUACCUCAAAGCACACAAAGCACUUGCAGAGAAAGAUGAUGAUACUUUACAUCAGUGUGUAACGGAGCUCUGUUACCCUUUGAUGACAGACGAUCUCCGGUCAUGUACUGUACGCUGGCAGUUUCUGAAAUCUCUUGAGCCUCCAAGAGUGGUCCACGCCAGGUGCACCGAAGUUAUCAACAAGGAGAAUAUUUUCUCACAGGUAACGGUUCGCUUUAACACUCAGCAAACACUAGCCGUUUACGACCGAUUCGGUCGCUUGAUCUACGGUAACGAAGUUGUUGCCAAAGACGUUCUCGAAUAUGUCGUCUUCGAAAAACACUUGGCCAAUGUGUACGGAUUGUGGAGAAUUCACGAAAAGAUCAUUCCCGACUGGAUGCCGGAGCGAGAAGCUGGAAAGAAAACCUACAUUAAACAAAAACCCGUUGUUGAAGUCGAGCCGGUCACUGAUUCCGUCGUUCAACCCGUCACCCCUACUGAAGGGUCGGCUGCUGUAGCAUGAAAGUGUGCUUAAUUUGAGUUAAUACAUUUGAAAUAGUCAUGAUGA